ACAAACACCUUAUUCUCUCUGCUGCCAGGCCGAAAUGUCUUCCAUGAAGCUCUUCCUUGUUCUCAUUCUUGCCACUAUUCUCAAUCCCGGCUUGGCAACUCGAUCAGCAGCAAUCUUCGGCACUACCACCAGUUGGAGCAAUAGCAGAGCCAAAGCAGCUGCAUAUGCUCCUCCUGCCAAGCAGAUCCCGUUUAUCAUAUACAAACUCAAAGACAACUCGACAAGCCCCGGAAACAGCCGGUUCGAAACAGAAAUCGGCCGCACCUACGGUGUGCAGACCCUGGCAACCGCCAGUCAGUAUGUCGUGGGCACCCUGUAUCAGGGACAGAUGCCACACUAUGGGAAGGACUACUCCGAGGUGGUAGUUGUCAUUGAGAGCUUUAACCAGGCCAGGAUCGGACAGUAUCCUCUUGCAGUGGCCAGUACUGUGGGAAACAACAUCCGCCUGAACUCCGAUUACAUCCAACACUUCAACGGAGACGUCAAAUACGAAUUCACUGGAAUUAUGUACCAUGAGAGCACACACGUCUGGCAGUGGAACGGGAAUGGAAUGGCUCCGGCUGGGCUUAUCAAUGGCAUAGCGGACUAUAUGAGGUUGAAGGCAGGUUGGCCCUCUGUGAACUGGGGGAAUCGGGGCUCGGGUAACCGGUGGGAUGAGGGUUAUGAUAUCACAGCCUACUUCCUGGAAUAUUGCAAUGCGAUCAAAGAAGGAUUUGUUCCAGAGCUGAAUGGCAUGAUGAAGGAUGACUACAGCGAUGACUUCUUCGUGUCGAUACUCGGGAAGAGUGUCGAUGAACUAUGGUUAGAGUACAAAUUAGCCUAUGCCAUUCCGUCACCUUCACCUGCACCUGCACCCACCGCCAUGCCACCAUCCCCGUCGUACUAAAACUGGUGAUCGUAGAAUUACCCAAAAAAAAAAACUCGUGAUUGUGUUUCACUGUUACUAUUUUUGCUGCUACGGAAGCCUACUCAUCGUUACUUGUGGAAGAUAAUGAGUGAUAAAGUGGAUUAAUCUUCUUUUGUUCCUGUAUUCUACAUCAGUAGAUGAGCCCUAUCUAAUAAACUAUGUUAUGGAAUGCCCAUUUGUCGUUCGUUGUUGGCCGAUG